AUGAUCGAAAAUCCUUUGUCAGAGAAUAUAAAACAGGAAACCCAGAAUAGUUUAAAUGGUAAUCUAUGUUCUCCACUUGGAUUAAGGGUACCAUUUGAAGUUGCUAUUAUACAAGCAGCGAAGAAAUUGUUCGGAUGCACCUACUUAGAGCGCAAUACGAGCAUAAGCCCAGCUCCAAUACUUAAUUUGUGGCUUGAACGUCCGGUUAUAAUCGGCAAACAUGGACAUUGUAAAAACGUUAAUAACAUGGACCACUUCCUUUUUGAGUGUGUAUCAAAAAGGGCACCGACUAGGAAUGACGAGAUUGAUAAAGGCUGGAAUUAUAUAAUUCUGUUAGAUCAUACUAAUUACAACUCAAAUAAAAGUUACAACAACCUGGUAUUCAGAUGUGCAGUAUACGAUGUGCAUGAUGGUCGUGCUGAGGGAGUAAAGAUAAUUCGGAUGGCGAUCAGCGCGCCAAGCCGAGGCCAAUUUGACGAAAGUCAAUGCCAAGGUCUAUCAAAAACUAUGGGAAAAUAUGACCUACCACGGAUUCCAGAGGGGCGGCGAACUUGGCCUGAUGGGUCUAUGUAUUUGUAUUUGGUUGGAAAACCACCCCGUGAUGAACCUCCUAAAAAGAAAGGCGAAAUCGUUAAAUCCAGUCGUCCAACAACUACAACGAAACCUAUAAUAACUUCAAGUGAUAAGAAGAAUGCAAUAACAACAAUCACAACCACAACUACAACAACUGAAAUGCCAGAAGAUGUUAAUUUUUAUGUGGGCCAACCACCAGAAUGGUAACUUUCUGACAAGUUGAUUCUUGAAGUACAUUGAUGAAUCAAUCGGUUAGUUGGAAUAUUCCUGUAGCAAAAAAAUUACAUUCAAGUUUCCACGUGUAAUCUAAUAUAAACAAAAACGUCUACAAAAAAUAUAAGUUAUUUUGUACAUAUAUAAUUUUAUAACUUUUUUU